CUCAGUGCAACCUUGCUGUAAACAUGGCCCUGAGGAUGACAGGAGCAGUGAUCAGACGAUGUGGCUUACAGUCUUACACUAGGCUAUGCUUGUUCCCAGCAGUAGCAGUAUCGGACUGUAGGGUGAGGAGGUAUAGCAUUGCUGGGCAGGCUGACCCCAAACCACUCACUGUCUGCCUGCAGCAGGAGGGUAUAAGGAGGAUAACACUGAAUAAUCCACGGCAGAGGAAUGCCCUGUCACUUGCCAUGCUUCAGUCUCUGCAGAAUGACAUCCUGCGUGACAUUGAUGAUGUGGCUUUGAGGGUUAUUAUUAUCGCAGCUGAAGGACCUGUGUUUUCAUCUGGACACAACCUAAAAGAACUGACACCAGAGUACGGCAAAGAUUAUCAUACUGAAGUAUUUAACACCUGUGCUAAGCUUAUGACCUCAAUACAGGCCAUUCCAGUACCAGUUAUAGCACAGGUUAAUGGCCUUGCCACAGCAGCAGGGUGCCAGCUUGUUGCUAGCUGUGACAUUGCAGUGGCCUCACCUAAAUCCAAGUUUGCAACACCUGGUGUCAACGUUGGACUGUUCUGCUCCACACCUGCUGUGGCCUUAGGACGAGCAGUGCCAAGGAAGGUUGCCUUGGAAAUGCUGUUCACAGGUGAGCCCAUAACUGCCCAUGAUGCUUUGCUUCAUGGCCUAAUCAGCAAGGUGGUACCAGAAGAGAAUCUUGAUAAAGAGACAACCAACAUUGCACACAAAAUUUGCCAUACAAGCCGCUCAGUGGUUGCUCUGGGAAAAGCUACAUUUUAUAGACAAAUGGCACAAAACCUUGAUGAUGCAUACAGACUGACAUCUCAGAUCAUGGUGAAAAAUCUGGCAUUAAAAGAUGGUCAGGAAGGUAUAGCAGCAUUUUCUCAGAAAAGGAAACCUGUGUGGACAAACUCGGUGGACUAAUGUGGUUUACAUAAAUCUCAAACAUGUAUUUUUUCUGACAAUGGACAUCUGACUUGUAAAUAAAGAUUAUAGUUCUGUU